AUGGAAGAAUCAUCUUCAUUUUCCUCACAAGGUAAGACCCCUUCUUUGUCGAGUUUGAAUGUUUCUGACCCGAACUUCGUUGCUACUGUAGAGAUCUCAUUGAAGGAGGUGUGCUUGACCAAAGUGGUGAAGAAAACACGAAAAAAGAAAAAUGUGGCAGAAAUUGCACCUAGUGCAAUUUCCAGGUCAAGGACCCGAGCCGCUGUAGCAUGUUUGAUUGCCCAAAAAGAAGCUGUUAAGGUUGACCUUUUACUGCAGAAACAUGUGUGUGUCGCUGAGCAUGAACAGAAGGAGAUUCUAGAGGCAUGCCACAAAUUUCCAUAUGGUGGACAUUUUGCUGGACGAAAGACUGCGGCAAAGGUUCUCCAAAGUGGUUUCUUUUGGCCGUCCAUAUUUCAAGAUGCUCACAUAUUCACUCAAGGUUGUAACUGUUGUCAAAGAUCAGGUAACUUAACACGGAAACAUGAGAUGCCCUUAAACCCAAUAUUGGAAGUUGAACUUUUCGAUGUUUGGGGCAUCAACUUCAUGGGUCCGUUCCCACCUUCAUUCGGUAAGACUUACAUUCUCUUAGCAGUUGAUUACGUUUCAAAAUGGGUUGAGGCUUUGGCCACCCCUACUAACGAUGCCAAGGUAGUUUCUCUCUUAUUGCAAAAGUUUAUCUUCACUAGAUAUGGUACAGCUAAAUGCUUGAUUAGUGAUGAGGGUACGCACUUUUUAAAUAGAGUAGUAAGUACUUUGUUGAAAAACUAUAACAUUCAUGACAAGAUUGCAACUGCAUAUAACCCUCAAACUAAUGGAUUAGCGGAGGUAUCAAAUAGGGCAAUAAAGUCAAUUUUAGAGAAGUCCAUGAAUGUGAAUAGGAAAGACUAG